CUGUUGUUCUCUUCCACGUCGAGAGGAGGCGGUGUCGCCUCCAGCGGACACGGUCCGAGUGGAUAAACCUUCCUGAUCAACGACUGUCGUUCCUUCCGGCUCCGGUCCCAUAUCAAGUGGAAAGAUGCUGAUGCCCAAGAAGAACCGCAUUGCUAUCUAUGAGCUCCUCUUCAAGGAGGGAGUCAUGGUGGCCAAGAAAGAUGUUCACCUGGCCAAGCAUCCCGAGCUUGCUGACAAGAACGUGCCCAACCUUCAUGUGAUGAAAGCGAUGCAGUCCUUGAAGUCCUGUGGGUAUGUCAAGGAGCAAUUUGCCUGGCGUCAUUUUUAUUGGUACCUGACCAAUGAGGGUAUCCAGUACCUGAGAGACUUCCUCCACCUUCCCCCUGAGAUCGUGCCCGCCACCCUGCGCCGCCAGACUCGCCCUGAGACCGCAAGGCCCAGGCCCAAGGGAAUGGAAGGAGAGAGGCCGGCCCGCCUUAACCGUGGAGAGGCUGACAGAGAUGCAUACAGGCGAUCUGCUGCUCCCCCCGGUGCUGACAAGAAAGCGGAGGCCGGUGCUGGAGCUGCUACAGAGUUUCAGUUCAGAGGUGGCUUUGGGCGUGGCAGAGGACAGCAGCCUCAGUAGAUUCACUAUCUCUUUCUGUAUAAUAAAAAAAAUCCAAACAAGUUUCGCA